CAUCCUUUGGCCAUGAUCAUCAUCCAUCUCUGUUCCUUCACGUGUCCCCCAAAACUGGACAAAGAAUCAUCAACCACAUUCUACAUAAUCAACAUCAACACAUUCUCCUAAAUUCUAGUUCUUCAUUUUCAACUAACCCAAUCAAACGUAACUGCUCUGUUCCACGAUCAAUGGACGAAUCCAAUCCUAGUAACUCCACCACAUCUAGCCGUAACAACCACCGCCACCACCACCACAUUCGCGAUCAUAUCAUCCCUCGCCGCAGACUCAGCCAACCCAUUUCCGACCGAAUAGUCCGCGCCCUCCGCCACCGCCUUCGUCUCCUCCACCGCUCUGCCUCCACCUUCUUCAUCCUCGGUGCCACUGGAAACGUCUACACCGUGACACUAACCUCCUCGCCUUCCUGCACCUGCCCUGACCGCACAACCCCCUGCAAGCACAUCCUCUUCGUCUUGAUCCGCGUCCUCGGCGUGCCCCUGGAAGACACGAUUCUCCGGCGGAAGACGCUCAGGCCAUGUCACCUUCAACGCCUCCUGAGCGAGCCAACGUCGUCGGAGGCGCUUGCAGGGGACACGCUGAGACAGAGGUUCCACCAGCUUUUCUUCGGCGGAGGGAAGGGAGGGACGGAGACUGUGGUGCCGGAGGAGGGUGCGUCGUGCCCGAUUUGCCUUGAUGAGAUGGGGAAGGAGGGGAAGUUGGUGGCUUGCGGGACUUGCCGGAAUGCUGUUCAUGAAGAGUGCUUUGUUCGGUGGAGGAGGAGCAAGGUGAGUGGAGCGACGAGGUGUGUGAUUUGCAGAGCGAGGUGGAGGAACAGGGCGGAGCAGGAUGAGUAUCUGAACUUGUCUGAAUAUCUUAGUGAUGAAGAUGUUGCUGAUAGGGAUUACUGCCCUGCAUGGGUGGCUAACUCUCUUUCCUUAGAUGGUUGAUUCAAUGUUGUUGUUUAAUGUUCAGUUUCCUUCCUUCAUGUACAAAGCAAAAUCUAAGUUAAUCUUAGGGGAUCUUAAUUAAUAUAUGAUGGAUGUAAAAGGGUUUCCAUUCCAAUUAGUCAGUAAUUUGUCUCUAGUUGUUACUUGUUUUGUUGCCAAUUUUGAACUAGUGCAGUUAUAUGCAGCAAGAACAUUGAUUUGGGAAAGCUCCUGAAUCUAAAGCUGGGAUAUGUAGUGGUACUUGUUUACAGUUUAUGGUGUGUCUGUUACCAAGUUUAAGAGUAAUAGUAAAACGCAUGUUAAGGCCAACGUAAUGCCUUAUGCCUCCCUUUCAAUUUGAAUAGGGGAAUGUUUGAGGGACACCCAAUUUGAUCCACAUUAUGGGAUAGAUUU